AGAAGAGCGUAGAGGAAAAGAGGAAAGGAGAGAGGGGGAGUGAGAGGAGGAGAGGGAGCGAGCUUCCUUACCCAAUCCGCCUUUUCCCCGGGGAGAGCGCGUGAAGCCUUCCCUGCUCCAUCCCUCCCUCUUGUUCACUCGCUAAUCACUCCGUUUUUUUUUUUACUUCCCUCUCUCUUCUUUUUGUAGCACGCGCGUCCGCGUUUUCAUCCUCGCGUGCGCGUUUUGUUCGCUCCGUCCUCCUUCGUUCUGAGCAACUUCCCGAGACCAGACGCGCGCGCGCUCUCUCUCUCUCUCUCUCCUUGAUCCGGAGCUCUUUUUUCUCCUUUGAGAUGCUUUGGCGAGCUCUCUCCUCCCUCUUUUAACUAGACACACACACACUCACACACACACAUCACCACGCACACACCGGUUUCAUCCUGAACUUGCGCGGUUUAUUGCUGGGAAUCUAAAGUAAGAGAGGAGCGACCCUGUGGGAUCCCGGAGCGCUCGCGCGCCUUCAUCAAGGACGCCUUUGGAGAGGAUAAGGACCCUCGCGGACACUUUUUUUUUGGUCGCUUAUCUCUUUUUCGCCUCCUCCCAUCCCUUCAGUUGUUUUUUUUUUGUUAUUGCUAGCUAAUCCGAAGGAUUGUCUCUCUUUUUUUUUCUCCCCUUCUUUUUCUUUUUGAACUAUUCCGCUCGAAUAGUCGGUUUCGAGGUCCGUUUUCAUGUUUUCCAUUCAGGACGGUCUCCCGCGGGGAGCGCUCACCAUGAAGGAGGAACCGCUCGCUAGCGGCAUGACCCCGGUGCGCUCUUGGAUGCAGAGCGCCGGGAUACUGGACGCCAACACGGCCGCGCAAAGUGGUGUCGGUUUGGCCCGAGCUCACUACGAGAAGCAGCCUCCUUCCAACCUACGCAAAUCGAACUUCUUCCACUUUGUGUUGGCGCUGUACGACCGUCAGGGGCAGCCGGUGGAGAUCGAGAGGACGUCCUACGUUGACUUUGUGGAGAAAGACAAAGAAUAUAACGGUGAAAAGACCAACAAUGGCAUCCACUACAGGUUACAGCUCCUCUACAGCAACGGAAUCAGAACAGAGCAGGACCUGUAUGUACGGUUGAUAGACUCCAUGACUAAACAGCCGAUCAUCUACGAAGGACAGGACAAAAACCCGGAGAUGUGCCGCGUCCUUCUUACCCACGAGAUCAUGUGCAGUCGGUGCUGCGACAAAAAGAGCUGCGGGAACCGAAACGAGACGCCGUCAGAUCCCGUGAUCAUCGACAGAUUCUUCCUGAAGUUUUUCCUCAAGUGCAACCAGAACUGCCUGAAAAACGCCGGGAAUCCCAGAGACAUGAGACGCUUUCAGGUGGUGAUUUCUACUACGGUGAACGUUGACGGGCACGUCCUGGCCGUUUCCGACAACAUGUUCGUCCACAACAACUCGAAACACGGAAGACGUGCUCGCCGCCUCGACCCCUCCGAAGCAGCCACUCCAUGCAUCAAAGCUAUAAGCCCUAGUGAGGGCUGGACGACUGGAGGAGCCACGGUCAUCAUCAUUGGGGACAACUUUUUCGACGGACUGCAGGUCGUCUUCGGAACUAUGCUCGUCUGGAGCGAGCUCAUCACACCCCAUGCCAUCCGUGUUCAGACACCACCGAGACACAUCCCUGGGGUCGUGGAGGUCACACUGUCCUACAAAUCCAAACAGUUCUGCAAAGGAGCGCCGGGACGCUUCGUCUAUACAGCUCUGAAUGAACCCACCAUCGAUUACGGCUUCCAGAGGUUACAGAAAGUCAUUCCACGCCACCCCGGAGACCCCGAGAGGUUACCUAAGGAGGUGCUGUUAAAGAGAGCAGCAGAUCUGGUGGAAGCUCUUUAUGGAAUGCCUCAUAAUAACCAGGAGAUCAUCCUGAAGCGGGCGGCUGAUCUUACCGAGGCCCUGUACAGCGUGCCACGCAGCCACAACCAGCUGCCGUCUCUGACCGGCUCGGGCGCGCACUCGGGCAUGAUGGGAGUGAACUCGUUCAGCAGCCAGCUCGCCGUCAACAUCUCCGAGGCCACGCAGGCCGACCAGGGUUACUCACGUAACUCCAACAGCGUGUCUCCUCGUGGCUAUGUGCCGAGCUCCACGCCUCAGCAGUCCAACUACAACACCAUCACCUCCACUAUGAACGGCUAUGGAGCUGCUGGCAUGACCAACCUCGGCGUGCCUGGUUCGCCCAGCUUCCUCAACGGAUCCACUGCCAACUCGCCCUACGCAAUCAAACAGAAGAGCGCCUUCGCCCCCGUCGUGCGGCCUCAGACCUCCCCGCCCCCCACCUGCACCAGCACCAAUGGGAGCAGCCUACAGGCCAUGGCCGGUCUCAUUGUCCCUCCCAUGUGAAGCCGGAGCUCUUUGAGUUUCAUCUGAUGAAUAGAAAACUCCAAGAUUCUUAAUAGUUCAAGAACCACCUUGAACGUCAUCGUAAUAAAUAUCGUCAUCAUCAUCGAAUAGAGGAGUUUUUUUUUUGUUUUUGUUUUUUAGACAACCUGGACAAAGUGCAUUUAAAAUAAACUUUUGUUCAUAUUUUGUGUGGGACCGAGUCCCUUUUUAUCGUCGUCUUCUGGGACUCGUAUUUUGCGGCAGCCGGAGCCAAGAAUGCGAAGGCAGCUAGACUUCAGGAUUCGAGAUGAUUUCAGUGACGAACUGAACACUUCUGUAAAAAAAAAACAUGCAGCUGUGACCCAUCGGCUCGGCACCGGACUUUAGAUUGUUUUUUGCAUGUGGGAGUGGAUCUUGUUUAAUUUCAAUUCACGUUCACGAACUUCAUCAUGUAAUGAUGGAGCGAGCUAAACGGAAAAGCAAACGAGCUCGUAAAAAAAGAAAACAAACCCCUCGAGGCUAAGAAAUAAGGAAUGCUCAAAAUGCUAACUCCUUUCGUACUUCUUACACGUUUUUCAUCGACUCGUGCGGUCUUGCCAAAAUCCGUUCCUACACGUUCAUUUUCUACCAUUGAAAUCAAUACAGAAUUUCAAGAAUGAGCUUACUAACCUGAUCCAGAUGCACAACAGCUGGGAUCGAAUUUGAAGAUUGAAAGAAUCUGCAUUAUUUUAAUUAUUUUUUUAAUCCUUAGAACCACGAGUCGAUGAGUGUGUAGGUUCAUUAGUCAUGAGUCACAGGUGUGUGGAUCGCUAGAUUGAAAUUUUGAAAAACCAGGAAUGCUUUCUGACACUUUUAUUCACAUUUAGGUACCAGACAUUUAUUGUUAAACUUCUUGUGAACAUUUUUUUGUAUGUAUUUAUAAAAAAAAGGAUGUUUGGAGAUUUCUUUCUUGAUUUUAGGCCUGAAUUAUAGUACCACAUAUCUCUUGAUGUCUUAAUAUCUUUUAGAUCUUGUACAAAAAAAAAGUGUGAAAAGUCCACAAACAAACAAACAAACAAACAUAAAAUCCCACCGAAAAAUUACAUCUUAGGUCACAUGAUUUUUUUGAAAGAAAAAAAAAGCAGGAGGUUCUCUCUAUCAAUUUUGUAAAAAAAAAAAAAAAAAGAAAAAAACUUUUUUAUUUGUGUUUACCUUUUUUUUUCUUUUUUUGUAAACAGCAUUUUGCAUUCUGGUCGCCUUCCUCUUUCCGUGAGUUCUUGUGAAGAACGCGUGUAUGUUCAUCGUUUUUUGUCUGACUGCACUGUUUUCCAUUGGGGCACUUACAUGAGUAAUGUAUCUGAAUGAACUUAAAAGAACAAAAAAGAAAAGAAAAAAAUAUGGUUCUGCAAACAUGUGCCAUCCUCAUACAUAUUUUUUUUUUGUGAUGACUGAGAUGGAACAAUUGAAUGAAUUUCAGAAAAAUUUUAAUGUUCAAUUUUUUUUAUUUAUGUGUAAAAAAUUAACCAACCAACCAACCAAACAAAAAAACUCUGCUAACAAUAGAUUUUUCACUAUGAUGAUCUAAUCUAAAUUCAUUAGAUUUUAAUUUAAAAAAUGUUCACAAAUUCUUAUUAGAAUUUCAAAGUGGAAUGUUUUUUUUUCCAUUUAUCACCUGCACUGGUUACUUAUGCAAAGUAGAUUUAAUGUAAAUCACCUUCAACUACAGAGCGGAACUGGAAGAAAUUGUGUAGUUAAAAAGUUCCUUCAAGUUAAUGUUUUUUUAUUUAUUUACUUCUUAAGUAGAGAUAAGAUUAACACUCCUUGGGUACCUACACUAUUUUGACAAAAGUUCCAUAAGCUCCACCUAUCUGGAAAGAUGUUCCAAUGGAUUUUGGAGUGUUCUUGUGAAGAACUGUGUGAAUAAAGUCAGGGAGUGAUGUAGGUGAGGUGAGGAGGCCUGGAGUGCAGUCAGUGUUCACAUUCAUUCCAAAGGUGUUCAGUCUUUGACGAAUUCUGGUCAGGCUUUUACUGCUACACUUCUAUUAUAAAAAAUAACCACCAUGUAGUUUUGCAACACCAUGACUGAGGUUCCUCGUGGUUUGUUCAGCAGAUGGAUCGGAAAAAGAACAACGGUGACCCUGAUUUGGAUUGUCCAUUGUAGAAACCACGUAGAGACUGUUUGAAAGCAGCUUCUCGACACAAAAACUGUAGCCAAAGGUGAAUUUGACAUGGAUGAGGAAGGAGCUAGGGAUGUUCUGUGUUGACAUUCAUCAAGACCUCUAACCUGGACCAUCUGAAUAAAGCGAGAACAAAAGAUUCUAGAAGAUCGAUAGGUGUUUAUAGAGUCUAUAGAAUAAAAUGCGAUGGUGGCGUGUUAAGUUAUAGGAAAACGAUCCAAGCCACAAACAUUUUUUUUGGGAUUCUUUAGCGAUCCUACAGAAAAUCUUGACCUCUUGUCUGUUUAUGCGCACUGACACUGGAGACUCGUUCCAUGAGUGCUAAAUUAAUGUCUCCUAGCAAGAAAAGUCAUAAAAGCCUGAAUUGGCAUCUAGAGUAUACAAACCAACUUGUUGAAUAUGGCCACCUGACAGCUUGGCAACAGUCUAUAGAUGUUUUUCUUUUCAAGCCUUCUGCUUGAACUAAUGCUAAACAAAUAAAAUAAGCCAUAUUUUUAUUCACCAUAAUCCUCUGACUGGAAAAAAUCAACAAUGAUGACCACAACUCAAAAUAUUUCUACUUGAGAACUUGAGGUGGUCCUUCUUGAGUUUGAGUUUAGCGAGUGGCAUCGAAUCAAAGUGGCUGCCCAGAGUGUCAAUCUUUCAUUGACUGUAAGGACAUGUAUCCAUUUUGGCCAAUAGUACUGGGACACCGGACUUUUCCAAACAUGUGGUUCUUUUCCAAAACUGUUACUGUAGACCUCCACCUUAAUGAACAUAAAUAAAUAUGAAUGCUGACUGUGCCCUCACCUACAUCAGCACCUGACUUUACUACCAUCCUUGUGGCUGAAUGAGAUAUCACACAAAUCUCUACAAAAUCUAUGGAACAUCUUUCCAGAAGAAGCUUAUUCUGACUGCAAAUCUUGAACAUUAGGUGUUGACAAACUUUUGUCACUAUAGUGUAUUUUGCUAGUUAACAUCCAUCCUUUGAUACAUCUCUAAAUUAUCCAGAUAAUACAGAAUAUACAUCAGGUAUAAAAGUUAGCACGCUAGCUUGAUUUCCUCCUGCUAGCUAGCAUGGAAUCGAUUCUACGACGUCACCAUUUGAGAUCGACUACCAGAUAUAAAUUCAAAGCUCCUGUUUUAUCGGUACGAUUGUAGUGAUCGUCGUCUCUUAACCGAUUGAACACCCGAAUACUAAACGGUGCAGAUGUUAUGAAAUAUAUGUACAGGUGAAUUUAGAUGUAAAUUCCUAUACCAGAUUAGGGUUAUGAGUUGAUGAGUGACUAUAAGAUAUAUCUUCCUUUUUUUUUUUUCUUCACAACGAUGAAAUGAAGUCAUCACUGUUAUGUUCUGUACGUGUGAAAAAAAAUCUGUUCAUUGUCUUACACAUAAACACACAUACACACACAAACACAAACAUACACACACUUACCUGUCUAU